CCUUGUCCAUGGCAGAGGGUCUUGAGCCUAGAUGAAUUUUAAGGUCCCUUCCAACUCCUUAACAUUCUAUGAUUCUAAGACCCCAGACUAUGCAGUCAAAGCCCAAGUAAGCCUUCAGUACUUCCGGGUCCCCCCCUUUGAGGCUGUCUGGCCUUUUUCACUGAUAAGACACUGUUUCACAACCCCCUUCUCACUCUCGGUAACUGUCUGGGCAGAUGACCGUUUCUGACUCUUGAGAUGCCAACGUCAGAAGCGCACACACUCGGAGAAACGAUCACACCCGGCACGGUGUUUGCUGCGACUCCGUGGCUCCGGCGAGCGCUGCGAGCCCGGCGCCACCCGAGGGGCAGCGAGGCCCGGCCACAAGAUGGCGGCCGCCGCCGAGGGGGGAUGGCGGCUGCCCGAGGAGGCGCCGGGGAAGCGGAGCGGCUGCACCAUGGAGCGCUGCGGGAGCGGCGGCAACAGCGACACGGACAGCGACGAGACUGUCGUAGAGGGCUCUGUGACGGAGAGCGAUGUGGAGGAAGAGGAGUUCCGUAGGAGGAGGUGGUUGGCUUUUCUUAACAAGGAUAUUGCCUUAACAACUGAGAUAAGUAUUAAUAAAGGAACUUUUUCUCCAGAAAUCUGUUUUGUACAGAAAUUUGGUGACCACACAUAUUAUCAUAAGGCAGAACAGAUAAACCCAGUAAGUCCACCAAUGGUACUUCAAGAGGCAUACACAUCUGAGCAGUCUCAAUCCCUACUGAAGGAUUGGAUAAACCAUUCACCAUCUACUGAAAAUAUUUCUAAGCCUCGCUUUUCAUUAAAUUCUGCAGCAGAAGAACAGCAAAAUAAUUCUGUAGAUAUCAAAUUGAAUGAAUUUCAACAGGAUGCAGAAGAAAAGGUAUCACGAAAAUUAAGUAAUAAAGAUUGCUGUCCAGAAGUAAGCCUCUGUAUACAUCAUCCUGUGGAAGACAUAAUGACAGUUCAAGAGGAGCAGACGCCAGAAGAUACAUUUCCACAUGUUUUAGAUAAUUGCCACAGAACCUGCCUGACCAUUACUGACACAGAUAACACAGUAAAAGAGCAUUCCCUUAAUAAUGAUACAGAUCUUUCACUGUCAUCCCCAGGGAAGAUUUUGAUGGAUGUAUUCACUGAACAGAAUAUAGAGACUAGUGAAGUUGACAUCAGUGAUUUGUUGGGAUACCCUGGUGAUUCUGAGAGUCUUACAGUUAAAAACCCAUUGCCGGACAAGUUAGAGUGUCAGGGUCACGCCUGUUCUGUCGAUCCAUCAGCAGCUGAGAGCAAUGAUGCUCUGCCAGUAGAGCUUGCGGCGUCUCUGAAUGCCUUGUCAGGAUCAAUGGUACAAGCUGCCAUUCCUGUAGUGCCAAAUGAGAGACAGCUCAAUGCCAAGGAAGAGCAGCUAAAUUCAGAAACCAGCAUUCUGCAGAUAGAUGAUGACUAUACACAAAUAACGAACGGGAUGGAGCCUCGACUUGCUGCAAUACAGGUGGAAGAAAAAAAUGCCUCCACAGGAUCUAACUUGCAGGGCACAACAAAUGAGCAACCUGUUGGUGGUCAACAGAGAGAGGAAGAAGUAAUGUCAGAUUGCUUGGAUGCCACCUUUUGUGAAAAACAAACUGGUGAGGGACAUUCCUAUUCAGUGGAGCCAGCAGCAUGUGCAGAAACAGCCCAAACAGCAUCAAGUAAAAUUCAGAAAUCUCCUUCUGAAGACAAGCAGGAUCUAGAAACCAUCAUAUGGCAAGAAAUAAUUCUGAACGAGUAUGCAGAAGCUAAUCAGAGGAGAAGAAGCAAGAGAAUUGACAACAAACGGAGACGAGAAGCCUUUGGUAGGAAUUCUGUAAAUCCAACUUGCCCCCUUUCACUUUCAAAAAUCCACAGGAGGAAUAUGUAUGGUGAGAACUUACUACAUAGAGCUGUUACUCACCAAGACAUAAAUCUUGUACGUAGGAUAAUAAAAGCCGGUGGAAAUGUAAAUGCUCAGGAUUAUGCUGGCUUGACUGCGCUACAUAUAGCAAGUGUGGAAGGCUUUUAUGGCAUAGCAAAUCUGCUUUUGAAAGCAGGAGCUGACGUUAAUGCUAUGCAAAAGGAACAAAUAACACCCUUGCAAGAUGCAGUUAAGGAAGGCCAUUAUGAGAUGGCAAACUUACUACUUUGGUAUGGAGCUGAUCCCUUAUUAAAAAAUCAGAUGGGAAGGUGUGCUUUAGAAGAAGCUUCUGACCCAUCUAUGAUGAAACUUCUUAGAAGUUAUGUGGCAAAAUCCAGAAGAUACUCAGUAGCAGGUGGAGAUGAUUCAAAGAACAUGUUAAAUACUCAGUGUGCAGAAGGUAUAAACCAGAUUUCCUUACAGACAGAGAAGUCAGAACCAGCAUGUGCAAAUCCUCGGAAGACAAGCCAAAAAGCAAAGGCAGCCUCAUAUUCCAGUGCCAGCAAUAAGAAGCUUUCAUCUAAUCAAUCACAAUUGAGUCAAGCAUCAGAACAGCAAACGUCUAAGAAGUCAGGUUGGACAGCAAUUCAUGAAGCCUCUAAUGGAGGAUUUUCUGAUGUGAUCUUAGAAUUACUGAAAGCAGGUGCUGAUGUUAACAGCAGAAGUCUCUGUGGUGUUUUACCAAUACACGAUGCUGUUUCUGGCAAUUAUUUGGAGGCAGCCAGGAUUCUGCUGCAGCAUGGAGCAAAUCCCAAUGAGAGGGAUGGUUCAGGAGAAAGUGCUUUGGAUCAAGCUUAUGAUGAAGAAAUGAAAGAACUGUUGAAGUCAUAUGGUGCUGUGGACUCUGUACUUCCUGUUCAAACUGCUGAAGUUACUGAGGGGAAAUCAAAACGUCCUUGUUACAACUGCUGUAAAAAUGAUGGUGCAGCUUUGGAGACACAACAUGAGAAAUACAGUGUGGAGUCUGUUGCUGCCAUACAGGAUACAGAAAAGAAGCAGGAAGAACUGUUGCUGUUUGAGUUGAGAACUUCCAAAGAUGCAGAUGUGUAUUUCCAAAGGCUGUCUCAGAUACAAGAUACUUUGAAUGAAAUACUUGCAAACCAGAAAACAGAGAGGGAUACCCUUGCUAAAAAAUACAGGGCUUCAGUGGAAUCAUUUAAAAAAGGCGCACUAAGGAAACAAUUAGUUAACCUUGCUUCUAGUCAAAAGAGCCUGUUGACUGUUGCCCAAAACCAGGAAAAAUUAGUGCAGAAAUUAAAAAAUUACAGAAAAACAAAGCAAAUGUUCAAUUCAUCAUCAGAGAAGCAAAUCUCAAACUUAGUUACUUUUCAUGGGAGCAAUACAAGACAAAGUUUAACUGCUAAUGAAAUCAUGUGUCCUAAUACAGGAAUGUUUAGUAUGGAGCUUGGUGCCAGUGAGCCUAAUGGAAAUAGAGUAGAAGCACACAUCUCUUUAGAAAAUAGAUUUUCAGCUCAGGAAUGCAUCCAACAUCCACACAUCUGCUUGUAUGAGACGGGAGCAAAGAAAGAAGCAAUUUCAAGCAAGGAGGCUUCUGAUCAUGUUUUGGCAUCUGAAAACAGAGUAAGAGAAUAUGCCUUUGACAGCGUGUCAAAGCUGACAAAUGCUGCAGAAGUGAUGACAUUGCCUUCAGAACCUACUGUUUCCACUGCUAAAACAAAGUGCGCACAGCAAAAAGACACUGAUUGUGCAGUAAUUGUAGGACAAAGAAACAGGUCUUUAAAUCACACUUCAAUGACCAACACAUUAAAUACUGUGGAACCCCAAAGCACUGUUGUCAGUAGGAAUGUCUAUCAGACAACCAGUGACUGCAAGCAGGUUCCUUCACAUGAGGAUCUGCACAGAUAUAUGAAUAAGAAAGGAGCUUUCCAGCAGCAACAGCAGCUGCAGCAAGAAAUUUUAUUAGCAUCUACAAAGAGCUUCUCUAAUACUUUGCAGCAAACGAUCUUUCAGAGUAGUGAGAAUUCAUUUAAUGCCAACCUCAUGCUGACUAAUCUUUCCUCAAAUACAGACUCUCCAGCAAAUACCAGUGAGAAAUCUUCACAGAGUUAUGGUAAUCAGGAAUGGGAACAAAAACAAGUGAGAUAUAGAUGGAAGAGUAAGAAAAAGCAUCAGUUGAUAGAUCUGCUUGAAUUGGGAAGAAUAAAGCCCGGAGAAAAUGUUUUAGAAUUCAAACUGCAGGAAUUCAGUCAUAAAGCUACACUCUUGAAGAAUGGCAAGAUCAGAACCAGUAAAGGACAAAUACUACAGAAUCCAGUUCAGUGGGUUAAAGAUCUACUAGGAAGUGAUAUUUCUGUGACAUGGAAGUAUGUGUGGAAUAAGGUUACAUAUCUUGGGACAGAAUUGUCAAAGUUUAGUGUUGGUGAAGUGUCAGUUUCCAGUGACCUGGAGUUACCAACACAGAAAGGAAAUCCUUUGGGCUCUUCUGUCCAGUUCAACUCAGUGGAAAGCCUGACACAUUUUCUUCAAUUCCAUGAGAUAGUAAUGGCACAUAAAGAGGAGUUUCUACCGUGCUCUGCAAUGGAAAAGCACUGGAGUUUCUACAAAGAAUGCAAAGAUUUUGGAUUCUAAAGACUUCUUGAGUACUAAUGCAUUUUUCGUUGCCAUCACUUAAAAGUAAACAUUUGAGCCUUUAGAACUAAGUACUUUUCUGCUGCCAUUUUGAUAAAUCAUUUGUCCAGCACUUGGCAUGAUGGAAAGUUUGUUUGGGUAAGUGAGGAACAGGGAAGUACUUAGUAGCAGGCAAAGAUAACUGUCAAUAUUUACUCUUGUGCUGCAGGAUUAAGAAAUGGGGAAGUAGAUAGGACUUACAUACUGAUGCUCACUGUGAAUUAUAUUCCAGGUUGAUUACUUGGUAUGAACUUUUAAGUUUUAAUUUAAGAAUAAAGUAACUGCCCAUGCUUGAUGGGGCAGGACAGAAACAGGCAUCAGCACUCACGGUCACUUCUUACACCUGAACCUGGAACUGCUGUGGCUGAGCAUGCGCUAUCAGAAAUGGCAGAUAGCAGUGCAUGUUUGUGUAGUAACAGAAAUUGUUAGGUUAGGCAAAAAUCAAGAUGAGCAGCCUUGAAAAUCAUCAUCAGCUUUGCUUUAUGUGGUAUAUAUAUAUAUAUAUAUAUAUAUAUAUAUAUAUAUAUAUAUAUAAACAUUUGAGAAGAGAGGCAGGUGCUCAGAGAGGUUAAAAGAAGAGUCUUAGCAAUUGGAAGUGCUCAGGAAAAUUCCAUUCAUGUUUCAGCCAAAUCUGUCUGAUAGGCAGAAAAUGUGCUGGCAUAUGACAGGAAAUGCAAUUAGCCUGUUUGUGGAACACAAAUUUUUCCAAGUAACAGCAUCUCAGAUAUUCAUCCCAAUCUAUGAGGGGUUUCUAUUUGUUUCAGUUUUACAAUGUUUGAAUCUGCUUUAGCAGCAUAUUUGCAACCAGUUUGACUGUUAAGAGAGUUAUCUGCAUUCAGGUGAUAUUCUUGCUCUUUCGUUCUUUGGAUUAUAAGAAGAGAUGGAAUAAUAGUACCUGCUACUCCUAACUCCAUGGGGAGUAAAUAGGAUGGGGAGUAUCUCCUAUUAAUACAUAAUGUCAGCAAGCUGUUUAGAGUGUGAAGAGCUCUUCUGCAAGGAUCUGAUUAGUGUCUUAAACAGAAGUUGGUUUAGGGAAGUGAGAGAGGUCUGAUGUGCAGAGAGCUAGUACUGUGCCCUAGGAUGCACGAGCGGUCAUAGCCUGAUGGGCUGUAAGAAUAAAGAAAUGCCAAUGGCCUGGAAGUCAGAAAAGGUAAAAGCUGCUGAGUGACAGGUAUUUUGUAAAGUCAGUUUCACAAAGAAAGAAAAUGGAGUGUUCUCACAACUGCAGCAGCAAAACAAACCUGAAGGCAUAUUGUUUCAAAGGAAGUGCUCAUUCAAAUACUGUGCUUUCACUGAAAAGUAAAACGUAUUUGACUAUUAAAAUGACCUCUGAAUUACAUGUUUGUUUGAAUUUUUUUCUUUGUUGCAAGAUGUCUAAUAAAAUUAAUGUACAAAA